UGUCUGUGAGCUCGUCCGGAGGUGGGGGAGCACGCCCCACUUGCAUUGCACUUCUUGAGCUGCGCGGACUCAUUCGGGGUUCUUUUUCUUCUGAUCUUAAGCACCCCCCCCCAAAAAAAAAAAACCCAACAAAAAAACCAAAACAAAAAACAAACCUCUCAUUCUUGCUAAGUGCUUGCCGCAGAAAAGACUGUGGAAGGAGGCUUUUCGGGGAAGAAGCUGUGGCGGGGCGUUUUGCAUUGGCAGUGCAGGCUUCCGGUGGACCGUUGUUUGGAAAUGCGGUUUCCGCGCGGGCGGGACCCUCGCGGACCUCUCCUCUGCCCGCCGUGGGCCCACACGACUCGUGACUGCGCCCGCCCCGGAACGCGGUCCUGAAAGCUGAGUCCUUCCAGCUACCGGACUUCUCGGGUCUGCCACUACGUUUGUCAAAUUCCGCAACUGGAGUCUCGGUUUUGUUUUGUUUUCUUUUCUUUUCCUCUCCUAUCCUCAGCCUUUAUGAUACUCACUAGUACCAUCUGGAUUUGGAUUUAAAGAACCCGAACCAGCAAAGCGUUAAAGAUAACUAGAGAUCCACAACAACAGCUGAUGCCCUUAGCUUUAAGAGCAUCUGCAUUGCUCCUUCUCUACCGCUUCCUGAAUUAAAAGCAUGGCUUUUUAAAGACCUAUUUAUGGAAAUCCUAAACCUAAAUAGAUGCAAACGUUAUUGUUCUGAUGCUCCUCGAAUUUCCUAGAGGAGCAGAUUCUACUUUUCAGGAAACUUCACUCACCCCGAGCUUCCAGAGGGCCUCGGUGGGAAGGAAAAAAGAUGGAGCCCCACUCAGGGGGUGGAGAGGAGGACGUUACCUUUCCAGGGAUCGAGCUGAAUUAUUUCAUGGGCCAAAGAGGGACUGUUUUUCCUCUGCAAGCUCCAAACGUCUGGUGACUCUGGCCCGGGGACUUUCGCCUGCCUUUUUGCGCUUCGGGGGCAAAAGGACCGACUUUCUGCAGUUCCAGAACCUGAGGAACCCGGCAAAAAGCCGCGGGGGCCCCGGCCCGGAUUAUUAUCUCAAAAACUAUGAGGAUGCCUUCUUUCUUUUUGUAGACAUUGUUCGAAGUGAUGUUGCCUUGGAUAAACAGAAAGGCUGCAAGAUUGCCCAGCACCCUGAUGUUAUGCUGGAGCUCCAGCGGGAGAAGGCAGCUCAAAUGCAUCUGGUUCUUCUAAAGGAGCAAUUCUCCAAUACUUACAGUAAUCUCAUAUUAACAGCCAGGUCUCUAGACAAACUUUAUAACUUUGCUGAUUGCUCUGGACUCCACCUGAUAUUUGCUCUAAAUGCACUGCGUCGUAAUCCCAAUAACUCCUGGAACAGUUCUAGUGCCCUGAGUCUGCUGAAGUACAGUGCCAGCAAAAAGUACAACAUUUCUUGGGAACUGGGUAAUGAGCCAAAUAACUAUCGGACCAUGCAUGGCCGGGCAGUAAAUGGCAGCCAGUUGGGAAAGGAUUACAUCCAGCUGAAAAGCCUCUUGCAGCCCAUCCGGAUUUACUCCAGAGCCAGCUUGUAUGGCCCUAAUAUUGGGCGGCCCAGGAAGAACGUCAUCGCCCUUCUAGAUGGAUUUAUGAAGGUGGCAGGAAGCACAGUGGAUGCAGUUACCUGGCAACAUUGCUACAUUGAUGGCCGGGUGGUCAAGGUGAUGGACUUCCUGAAAACUCGCCUGUUAGACACACUCUCUGACCAGAUUAGGAAAAUUCAGAAAGUAGUUAACACAUAUACCCCAGGAAAGAAGAUUUGGCUUGAAGGUGUGGUGACAACCUCAGCUGGAGGCACAAACAAUCUAUCAGAUUCCUAUGCUGCAGGAUUCUUAUGGUUGAACACUUUAGGAAUGCUGGCCAAUCAGGGCAUUGAUGUUGUGAUACGGCACUCAUUUUUUGACCACGGAUACAAUCACCUCGUGGACCAGAAUUUUAACCCAUUACCGGACUACUGGCUCUCUCUCCUUUACAAGCGCCUCAUCGGCCCCAAAGUCUUGGCCGUGCAUGUGGCUGGGCUCCAACGGAAGCCACGGCCAGGCCGAGUGAUCCGGGACAAACUAAGGAUUUAUGCUCACUGCACAAACCACCACAACCACAACUAUGUUCGAGGGUCCAUUACACUUUUUAUCAUCAACUUGCACCGAUCAAGAAAGAAAAUCAAGCUGGCAGGGACUCUCAGGGACAAGCUCGUGCACCAGUACCUGCUGCAGCCAUAUGGACAGGAGGGCCUCAAGUCCAAGUCAGUGCAGCUGAACGGCCAGCCCUUAACGAUGGUGGACGAUGGAACCCUCCCAGACCUGAAGCCCCGCCCUCUGCGGGCCGGCCGGACAUUGGUCAUCCCUCCCGUCACCAUGGGCUUUUAUGUGGUCAAGAAUGUCAACGCUUUGGCCUGCCGCUACCGAUAAACCCCCUCACGCACACAGGUCACCAGCGAGCCUGCUGGACUGCUUUCCACUCUUCUACCCUAAUGGUGUCAGUAUUUUUCAGACCUCUCCUGAGCAACAAACCUGUCUCUGCUGCCCCAUCCUGCUGGAGUCAACGUUGACUUGCUCCCCAAAGAGACAGCUAUCCUAGCGUGAGCUUAGCCUAGGUAGAUCACAUCCACCCCAAAGGAAAGUGUAGACACCACCUGUACCUAUGUAAGCACGAAGGUUUGCUUGUAGAGCUGCAUGCACCCUUGCACCGCACCGCACACUCCCAGCACAGGGGAAACAACCCACCGUGAUCCCGGUCACAUGGCACAGCAGUAACUACAGACCUUAGUGUGCGGCUGCCGCCCUCAGCAGAAGAUGAGGAAGGAAAAGACCUGGUGGACCUUCAAAAGCCCACUCCUCUUUGACGCCUUUCCUUUGUCUGUUCCCUGCUGUUGCCCUGGGUUUCCUAUCACCUCCCCUCCCAGAGGGGAGCAAGUGGGUGAGUCAGCGCUGGCCUGCUGGGCGAGCUGUUUAUGUAAUUUCCCGGCUGAUGUAUGAGUGUGCGCAUCUGGGUUUCUGGCAGUGGCAUCAAUCACUGGCUAUUCCUCUGGGAAGCGGGUGCUUCAAAAGUAAAAUUGCAAUCAUACUCCA